CAUACUCAGACCUCUUCACUCCUCUCAUCACAAUACAAAAAAAUUUAACUCAUCUUUCUUCUUUUUCUCUUUCUUUUCUAUCUUCACAGACUCACAGAUUUAGAAAGAGAGAUCUAGAAAGAUAAACGAGAAAAAAGAAAUGGAUCAAAAGACAAUAUUCACUUUUGUUAUAAUCUGCAUUGCAGUAGCAGGAGUUGGUGGUCAAUCACCAGCAGCAGCACCAACUGCAACACCAACAACACCAGUUGUAGCAACACCACCAGCAGCACCAGUAACUCCAGUAGCACCAGUUGCAUCACCACCAACAGUAUCAGUAUCAACACCACCAGCUGCAUCUCCUAAACCAGCAACACCAGCACCAGUUGCUGCUACACCACCAGUUGUUGCUGCUACUCCACCAGUUGUUGCUGCUACUCCACCAGUUGCUGCCGCUACACCACCACCAGCAGUUGCACCAGUUGUUGCUGCUACUCCACCACCAGCAGUUGCACCAGUUGUUUCAGCACCACCACCUGCAUUGUUAUCUCCACCUCUCCCUGCACCAGUUUCAUCCCCACCUACACCAGCUCCAGUUGCUGCUGAUGUUCCAGCACCAGCACCAUCCAAAUUGAAGAAAGGAAAAGCUCCAUCUCCAUCACCAGCUGCUAGUCCUCCAGCACCACCAACUGCUGAUUCACCUGGACCUUCAGAUGCAUUCGCCCCUGGUCCAUCUGACUCCUCAGAUGAUACAAGUGGAGUAGAGAAAUUGGGAAAGAAGAUCGUCGGAAGUUUGGUUGUUGGAUUUGGUAUCUUCAGUAUGCUACUGUGAAUCUGAUUAAUUUUAAACUUUUUUUGUUACAAUUUUUUUUCUUCUUGUCUAUGCUAUUUUAUUUGUUGUAUUAAUUUGACUUAUUAGGGCUUAAUUAUAUAUUAUUAAGCCGAUUAAGUUGAGAUCUUGAUGUAUUAUCACUACUACUGUCUUUAUGGUUCUUCACACAUUAUUCAUCGUUCUGGAUUCUUUUGUUAUGUAUUUUGGAGAUAGAGGAUUUGUUAUUAAUAUUUUAGAACCAUUUGAUCCA